AUGAAAAAAAAUGAACAAGGAAUGUUAGGACACAACGCGCCAAGUUAUAAACAAGCAGCUUUGCAAUCCAAUAACAAUCAAAACAACGCCAAUAAUAAUAACAGCAAUAAUACAUCAUCAAUGAAUACUACUCCUCAAAACGAUAGAUCUAACAAUAAUCACCAUCAUCACAAUAGAAAUGUACAUCAUAAACCUAAAACAACUACGACAACAGCCUCUUCAAACCAUCACCAUCAAAAUAAUCAUACCGAUGUAAUUCAAAAUCAAACACCAUUAUUAUCAUUUGAAAAUACUGAUGUUGGUAAUCAUGUUGUUCUAAGAUUAUAUCCAACAUCAUCUAAUCCAACUAGUACAACUCUUGAAGGAGAAGUUUUUGCCAUUGAUCCUGGAUUGGGUAUGCUUGCAUUAUUUAUUAAUGAAGGAAAACACGCUUCUUCAACGAGAAAGAAUUUUAGAGUGAUUUCUAUUAGUCAAAUUGCUGAAGUUGUUUCAAAUAACAAGGCUAAUCAUGUACGAACAACAGAUUCAUCAUCAUCAUCGGAAGGAAAGUUUUAUGAUACAGUACCUUUUGCCGAUACUUCUAUUCCAUUACCAGAAAUUGAUGCAGAUGAUAUUAAGAGACGUGAAGAAAAUGCUAUUUAUGAAAGAAGAGAAAGAUUAGGUUCAAAUGUGUCAUCAGAGGCUCAAGCCAUUUUCGAUACCAUGUCCAAGACUGUUCCUUGUAGUUGGAAAGGAAAACAAAUCCUUGUCAUGGAUUCUAUUUCUAUUUCUCCACCUUAUGGUGUUGAUAAUGUUUCUGGAUCAGGAAAUGAACGAAAACGUGUACAAAACUUGUUGCAAAUUGCCUAUGAAAAAAUUAAAUCUAAUAAAUAAGUUAUUAAAUAUAUUAUUAUUG